AUGGUGGAGUUUGCGAAGAUCAUUGAUUGGGACAAGCAGACGGUGGCCAACGAUGGGGUCACUUUCGAUGCCACGCAGACUUGCGUCAAUGACCUCUUCCAGCAGAACGGUGGCGUGUGGCUUAUGGAGGUGAGCGUGGAUGGUAGCACCUUUUAUGAGUGGUCUGUGUACAAGCAGAUUCAGGUGCGGAAUGCGUUCGAUGCACAUGGCUACAUCUAUUAUUGGAGAGAUGCAGACAAUGUGCUAAAUCAGGACUUCGAGCUGUAUUCUGAUGUCAACGAUGCUAUCUCCGGGAGUUCCAUGUGGGCCACAUGCACCUACAAUGACCCGAAAGCUGGCUUUGCCCGAGACUGCUGCUGUCGUUCAGCAAGUCAGGCUUUCGAACCAGGCCAGGGUGGAUCUGGCUGGGGCUUCUUCGCGCCAUCUUCAUUUCGGACCAACAUCCGCUGGUCAAAAAUCAGGUUCUCCAUGCCGACGCAACCGCUGCCGACGUCACCGCCUUGA